CCAGGAUCCAGGAGCGUGGCCGGAAGCUGACCCUCCCCGCCUCCUGUCGCGGAUUGUUUCCGGUUCAGCUGGGUGACAGCGCAGCUUGGCGACGGGCGGACAUCUUGAAGCUUCAGUUGGUGUUCGGAGGAGGGAGUCGAUCUGGCGGGGGCCUCCUUCUCGACCGGCGACUGGACUCUCAUUUCAGCCGAGUGAUCGCAGGGAGGAGCCUAUCCCAGGAUCACCAUGACGGAUUCUAAGUAUUUCACAACGACUAAGAAAGGUGAAAUCUUUGAACUCAAAGCUGAGCUCAACAGUGACAAGAAAGAAAAGAAGAAAGAAGCAGUGAAGAAAGUGAUUGCUUCAAUGACAGUUGGGAAAGAUGUCAGCGCCCUCUUUCCUGAUGUUGUUAACUGCAUGCAGACAGACAACCUGGAGCUUAAGAAGCUGGUGUAUCUUUAUCUAAUGAACUAUGCCAAGAGUCAGCCUGAUAUGGCAAUUAUGGCAGUCAACACCUUCGUUAAGGACUGUGAAGAUCCCAAUCCACUUAUUAGAGCGCUGGCAGUGAGAACCAUGGGCUGUAUCCGUGUAGAUAAAAUCACUGAGUACUUGUGCGAGCCCUUGCGAAAAUGUCUGAAGGAUGAAGAUCCCUAUGUACGAAAGACUGCUGCUGUUUGUGUAGCUAAACUACAUGAUAUCAAUGCACAGCUCGUUGAAGAUCAGGGAUUUCUGGACACUCUCAAGGACUUGAUAUCGGAUUCCAAUCCAAUGGUAAACAAACUAUUAAACCUGCUCCUAACAUAUCUGUAGACACUAAUAUAAAACUUCCUACUGAUCUGGUAGACAUAGAAAAUAUAUUGUGGGAUAAUCUAACCUGUAGCUGAAUUCUGCAAUCACCUCUUGGUAAAAGUAGGGAGAUCUUUUAAUAAAACGAAUGUUGCUUUCCUAAAGUCAGAAAACACGGGAAGCACCCAGAUAGUCAGACAGGAUUUAUAAGAAAGGGGGGAUUGGUAAGAAAGAGGAAAGUUAAUGUUUAAGAGUACAAUUCUACUGAAAGAUUGUAGUUGUAAUCUCAAUGUUUUGCUCCUUUUUUUACAGUUACUGUGACAGUUGCAGCAUUUAUUUUUCCAGAUUUCUAGCAGCUGCUGUAUGUUAUUUUGUAGGUUAAUGUGUUUAUGUUCAUUCUGCUGACCUGGUCAUAUAAUUUGGCAGACUUUUUGCUAUGAACAUCUUAAACAUUUGGAUAGUUGCUAACAUUUUAAAAUAUUACAAUGUACCUUCUCAACCAAGUAAAUUUCCCAAAUUUUUCCAUGAGGAUGACUGUGGAGCCCAGUAAUAUUUCCAAUUUAUUAAUUCUACAAUUUCCUCUCUUGCGCCUUUUCAAUGUUACUAGUUAAUGAAAAUCAACUUUGCUUAUUUUGUAAGCUCAGUAGCUGAUGUAGCACUGAAGGCACAAUGCAAUGCAGAUCUGAUCUAGUGUUAGCAGACUGGAGGUGAUUCUUCUGUUUAGUACACCAGAGUUCUCUUUACUGGAAACUUCACCCUUGGCAUGAUAAUGAGGGGAAAAUUUUUCUAAUUUUAAAAAAAAAAGUUUCUAAAUGACAAGUUGGUAGUGCACUUGUUGAUAAUGUAAAGGAUUUGAGUUCAACUUGUGCUUAAUGACUUGGAACUUGACCAUUAAAAUCUAAGUGAAUAACUUGGGUGUACUACUGAGGAACUGCUUGCACUCUCAAAAAUGAGAGAUGCAUAUGCUGAGGACCUAUCAGCUUGUUUAGAUGGUUUAUUGCACUAUUCAAAAAAAAAAAAACAGGCUGUUGUCCUUGUAUUCAACCUGACAUGCUUCUGUCAAGAUUUUACUAUUAAAAGCAGCUUAACCGAUCCUA